CUGACUUCUCCUGCAGUCAACUUCGCAACGCCCAUCUCGCCGGCCACCGCCUCCUCAAUACCGAAUCAGGAGCCCGAACGACAAGAUGAGUCCUCUUCAGGGUCCGGACCGAUACCCUCGCGAUCAUCUAGCAGCGGAGGGAGAAGGCAGGGCGAAAGCGGACAAGACCAACAAGGGGAAUACGCUGUCGGCAAUCUCUUCAAAAGCCGCGAUGCGCCGUCCUUCUUCGGCUCGUCCUACUUCGGCCCCCAAGCGGCUGCGAAAAUCAUACAAGCUCCCGCGCCCGAGCUCUCUUCCGGACUUUCACAAAAGGCUCAAGCGGGCUCAACACAUUCCUUCCGAGACGAAGGAGGGCCUUUCUCCCAGAUUUGGGAACUCCUGGGGCUGCUUCCGAGAAAGAAGUCGACUGUUGAUAGGUUGACGGACUGCUUCCUGAACGAGCUGAACUGGGCUAUUGAUGCCGUCCAGCCGAACUCGUUCAAGGCCAAGUACGAUAACUUCUGGUCAAGGAAGUUUGGCUUCGAUGAUUUUGCAACGAUCGAUCUCCGCUGGUUGGCGCUGCUGUUCAUCGUAAUGGCCUACGGCGUGCUCUUGGAUUGUCCGAAGCCCCGGAACAAGGAGGUUCAGAGGGAAGUCCACGAGACGUCGCAACGGUUCUACUGGGCUGCCCGACGCGCCAUCGUCAUUGCGCCGACCUUCUACGGCGAAUCGACGGAUCUCGUCAGGGCUGGGGUGCUGGUGACGCGAUACCUCAUCUACACUCGCCGCGUCCCGGAAUCGUGGCUAACUACUAGCUUCGCGAUGCGCAUGGCUCAGGCCCAGGGUAUGCAUAUCGACGGCGAGAGGUGGAGGUUACCCAGAAAGGAGAUGGAGACCAGAAGGCGGCUGUGGAGUAACCUUUACAUGCUGGAUAAGACCAUCGCCCUUGCCCUCGGAAGGCCGUUUGCGAUUGUUGAUCAGCAAUGUCUGGUCAAGCAAGCAUCCAACGUCUGGCUGGAUGACCUUGAUGACGAAGAAGCGUCAAAGGUUCCCGAGGCACCUCUGUCAGAGCCAACACCAAGCGUCUUCAGCCGACUUGCCCAUGAGCUGGCCGUUGUGGUCGGCAAGAUCCAGGAAAGAUGUUUCGGAUUGUUCACCGUGUCCUACGAAACGGUCUUGACCUUAGACAAGGAGAUUGAUACCUGGAGGAGCAGGCUACCGCCGUACUUCGAGGUCGAAGACGCCGACACCUCCAAAGACGAGAGGCUCCCUUUUCUGCCGUGGCAAAGACUCCAUCUCCACAGCAUGUACCACUUUGCUCGCGUCACCCUCCAUCGCCCGUUUCUUCUUCGUCAGUCCAUCACCAACCGCUACAAACACAGCCACGAUGUCUGCAUAGCGUCCGCCUGCGCCGACCUCGAGAUGGGCCUGAAGCUGUUCAGCCAACCCCUGACGGACCGGCUGAAAUGGAGUCUCGGCCCACACAACCUUUUCAACAGCGCGUUGGUGCUGGGAAUCAUCGCCGUGCGAGACCCCCAUACACGGAGGUCGCAGGCCAUUCUUGAAGAUCUGGCAGCGUACUGCGAGAUGCAGCGGAACGACGUUUGGCUCAACGAGUUCGCCUUGGCUGAAGUGAAAAUUGUCGAGUUGUGUGUGAAGAAGGCGAGGCAGUCUCAACCACCGGCGCCGAACCCAAUGGUUCCCUUGGCUUUGGCAUCCCCGGCCGAACGUCCGUUGCAAUCCGUAGGCCAGCCAAAUCUGAUGCCUACACAACCACAAUUACCGGUCGAGAGUCCCGAAUUUGAUCCGCUGUUGGUCGGUCUUGGACUUCCCUACAGCACCUCAAGCGCGCAGAUGACGUGGGACGAUCCGGGCUUCUUUCUUCCGGAAAGCGGAGAUUUAUCUCAGUGGGAACAUGUCAUCAACACGAUAAUGCAUGAUCAAACGAAUAUCUAG